AUGGCGAUCGAAACUUUGGCCAACAUGUAUGCCCCGGUGACGGUCUUCCACGAAGAGGAGAAGUUCUAUCCUUCCAGCAUUGAAUUCUUCUUGGAUGCGGUGGACGUGGUGGAUGAAAACCUCUUCACAAUCGAACCCAAUCCCACUCCCGAGAACCUGCCUGGUGGAAUCGAAACAGACGGAUACUACAUGCUCACCGAUCAACCCCUUCGUAAGGCAUUUCAAAUAGGUCGUAGACCAAAAUGUCCAACAUGCACGGACGUAGACAUAUUCAGCGGCCAAGAUGUGUUGAAUGACAUCAUCCCAACUUACGUCCUCUAUCGUCCGUACAACGGGACACCUUUCAUCGAUAUCCAGUAUCAUCUCUUCUAUCCUUAUAACAGGGGAAAGGACAUCUGCAUAGGAAUUCCGGAUGGAGAUGAUUGUAUUGGCUUUUUUGAAAGUUUUGGCAACCAUGUUGGUGACUGGGAGCAUCUGACCAUCCGUUUCAGGGAUGAAGAACCGGAGCAAUUGUACAUCAGCUGCCACAGCUUUGGAGCCUACUACAACUACAAUGCUGCAGAGAACGUGUUCGAAUUCGACCGAGGAGACGUGAAAGCUCAAUGGGAGGUGAAAGACUUCACCAAGCAAGACUCCCUCGACCCCGAGUUCUCCCCGUUCGUAUUCAUGGAUGGAACUCAUCCCAUCGUUUUCAGCGCCAAUGGAUCCCAUGGACUUUGGGGAGAGGCAGGUACGCAUGUGUACAUGUCGUUCCCAAUAACCUUGAGCGAUGUAACGGGGAACGGUCUUCAGCAUGUCUCCGAGGGAAGUCUCCAUCUCAUAGAGUGA